CCGAACUAGUGCCACAUAGGCUGAAAAGGGAUAGAAAAUUACAUAUAAAAUAAGUUCAGGAGGGUAAUAGGACCUUACUAUAGUAUAAGUGUGUCUUUGGGAUUUCGGACAUAGUUUGAGGACAUAGUUUGAGGGGGUACUUGACUAUUUUCCCUUAAUUUUUUGAAAAAUAAUCUUAUAAGAUAAAGUUCUUUAUAUUGUUUGGUGUAAAUGAUCAUAAUUUUACGUUGGAUUUAGUGCGACAUUUUUGUUCCCCUUGUCAUAAUAUUGUUCAAGUAACAAAUUUGAAAAUUAAUAUACUUAAAUGUAUAUUGAUAAGAUAUUUGAUUUCUUCUUUUAAUCUCUACAUUUAUUAGUUUCCAUUCUCAAAACAAUUUCAAAGGGAACAAAUCUUCAUUUUUCCAUUUUUAGCCAUAAAUAAAAUCUUGGAAAUUAUAUACACCAUUUGCAUAAUCUCAUUAUUAAAAGCCCCUUAUUAUCACUCCUCUUAAUCGUAAUAUCUUCCAUUUUGCAAUUUCAUUAUAUUCUAAGGUUAGUUUUCUCAACCUAUGUUCGGAUAUUCCUUCAUUCUCGUGCAGAUACGGAGUCAAAAAUUAAAACUUAUAAGUUUGAAAUUGCUUUUGAAUUUUUGAUUGCUAAUGAUUUGUACAUAUUCAAUGGAUUUGAUCGAAGCUACUGAAUUUUAUUGGACUUGUAUUUACUCUUACUUCGUCUUUUUUUUAGUGGUGAACUAAUUGUAAAAACAUUUUACAUUAUUACAUAAUAUUGAAUAUUAGUUGCAUGUAAUAUAUCUUCUCUGCUCAUACUGAUUUUUUAUUUUAAUUUUUUAAACCAGUUGUUUAGACACCAAUAAUUAAUUUCAAUGGAGCCCAUUGCAGACGUGAGUUGCAAUUUGAAAGUGAACAUCCAUUGUGAAUCCUGCAAAAUGAAGAUGAUGGAAGUGUUGCACUCCGUACGAGGAGUGUAUGCAUUGACAAUAGAUGCAGAAAAAGGAAUAGCAAAUGUUUGUGGAGAGGUGGAUCCAAAUAGGUUGUUAUUAGCAUUGUUAAAGUCAGGUCAACAUGCAGAAUUAAUAAAUGUGAAAUUGAAGCAUCCUUCUAUUGUUAAUACUCCAAGAAAUCAACAUGGACACUAUAAUGUUGGCCAUGGUUAUAACAAUAACUCUAAUUCACUAGAUGGACCUUAUGGCUACAAUCAUGCAUUGAAUGAGCCAACUUCUUACUAUCCUACUAGAGGAGGAGCCAUGUUUGAUCAACCUUAUUAUGGUUCAACCUACUACAACUCUUCUCCUUGUGUUGGCUACGAGUCGAAUCGAUCUCUAACGAUGGAUCAUGUCAUCAAAGAAGAACCUAUGAAUUGGUGUAGUAUAAUGUAGAUGUGAGAGUUUAUAGUAUUGGACUUGUCUAACUUUUAAAAUGACAAGAGUUCAAAAUCUAUUGUUGGUUGAAAUUUUAAGUAUUGAACUCAUUGUAUAUAAUGCCAAUAACAUAAAGUGAAUCUUCCAUUUUGUAUUUUUUAUAGGGGAAAUUUUUCAAAAUG